AUGCUGCGCCGUCUCUCCGUCCGUUCCCAGACCCCAAACCAGAUCUUCAAGCGGUUCAUCGACUUUAUCCACUCGUCCGUCUGGGAUAUCCCGAUUUCGACUUUCAUUGAGCACAAAUCGUUAUUAUUCGACGUCGACCACGGCGAUCCCGCCCAACAUGAAGCCGUUCAUCAGGAGUACGCGGCACUUGUUGACGUCUUAAUUGGAUGCUUUUGUGAGGAUAUCGGGAUUACGGGUUCCCAGUUCGCCGAGGCGCUGACGGCCGUCGAGAAGGAGACGCUCAACGCCAGGACCAGGGCAGCCCUCGAGCCGGUGAUGGCCGCCCAGGACCUCGAAAUCUUCAUCCCAAUGAUGCGGAAGAAGAAUGUGGAGCUGCAACUCCAGGCUUUGCAAUUAAUCGAGUUCAUGUGCGGCCUGCUGCCCUGCGUUGGGAGCAUGGAGGAGCUGGAAGAGAUCAGGAAAAGCCACCAUUUGAGUCGAGAAGAAAUGGACCAUAUUCUCCUGAAUGCCGUGCUCAGGAGGUCGAAAGAAGAGUUCGAUGAGGAGAAGCAGCACCAACUGCAGCUCGACUUGGAGGCGAUCCGGCGAUUUUCGGAAGCCGAGAGAAACAGGCUCGACGAGGCUUCGACGAGUCAGGCGAAAAAGCCGCCAAAGCCCGAGCCGGCAGCGCAACCGGAAAAGAAAAAGAUUACGGUAGGGCCAGUGCGAGAGCCGAUCGUCGGAAAAGGGGCGCCGCCCAUCUCAGAAAAGCUGAAGGACGAGCGGGGGAGCAUGGAGAAUGCCGAGGAGGAGGAGGAGGCCAAGGGGAGGACGCCGGCUGACAUUAAUGCGGACGAGGAAGUGGUGAAAGCCCGGAAAGUGCUGGCCGAAAAGCUGAAGCAGGAAUUCGCCCAAAAA